GGGACCAUGUUGUGGUUUCCCGUUGUGCACGGUAGCAGGCGCUGGAUCGUCUACAUAUAUCACAGGACCUUCUCCAUGAAAACAACAUCUUUGACCCAGUAUACUCUUCUCGGAUGUCGGCUAGAUGCGUUGAUUUUCCUUAUUUUUUGGCGGAUUUUGAUCCAUUAAUACCCAAGAAGGAAGGGCCAGAAACUUCACAGACGCCUAGCCAGCCAGCCAUGUUUGGCAAAAUUUCUGUUCUACUAGUACUACUUGUCAGUCUCGUACCAGCAGAAGCCCAAGACCUCAAUUUCAUCUACAAUUCUGGUUUCAAUGGCCGUUCUGGUCUUAAUCUCAGUCUAGACGGCAUGGCAGAGAUCACACCAAAAGGUCUCUUGAAGGUUACAAACGACACCAAACAGAAAAGUGGCCAUGCCUUCUACCCUAACCCAGUGACCUUCAAGAACUCAGAGAGCGACACCGCCUUCUCCUUCUCCACCAACUUUAUCUUUGCCAUCCGAUCAGAGUACCCUCCUAUCAGCAGCCAUGGAAUCGCCUUUGUCAUCGCUCCGACGAGAGGCCUCCCCGGAGCUCUGGCGUUCCAGUACCUGGGCCUGUUCAACGUCUCCAACAAUGGGAAUUUCACCAAUCAUGUUUUUGCUGUGGAGCUUGACACGGUCCAGAACGCGGAAUUGAGUGACAUCAAUGAAAACCAUGUUGGGAUAGACAUCAAUGGCUUGCGCUCUGUCAAAGCUGCUCCAGCUGGUUAUUUUGAUGGUCAGUACUUCAAGAACCUGACUCUUACCAGUGGUAAAGAAAUGAGAGUGUGGGUUGAAUAUGAUGGUACCAAGAAGCAAAUUGAAGUUACUAUGGCUCCAAUUGCUGUUGCAACUAAACCCCCAACUCCACUUUUGUCUUUGAAAUAUGACCUUUCCCCAAUUCUCAACAAAGCCAUGUAUAUUGGCUUUUCCUCUUCAACUGCUAUAGCCCCCACAUCCCAUUAUGUAGUGGGUUGGAGCUUUAGGAUGAAUGGCCAAGCUCAAGACCUUACGGCUUCCAAACUUCCCAAGUUGCCUAGCAUUGCAGGUAAAAAGAGGUCCAUGCUUUUCACCCUGGAUGUGCCUCUGAUUUCAGUAAGUUUGGUUUUGCUAGUGGUUUCUGGGGUGGUUUACGUCAUAAGAAGGAAGAAGAAGUUUGCAGAAGUGCUUGAAGAUUGGGAGCUAGAGUAUGGUCCUCACAGGUUUAAGUACAAAGAAUUGUAUAUAGCCACUAAUGGGUUUAGGGAAAAUGAGCUUUUGGGAACUGGGGGAUUUGGUAAAGUAUACAGAGGUUCAUUACCCUCCUCUAAAAUUGAGAUCGCAGUGAAGAGGGUAUCACAUGAAUCAAGACAGGGGAUGAAGGAAUUUGUAGCAGAAAUCGUUAGUAUUGGCCGGUUUCGUCACCGGAAUUUAGUACAACUGUUGGGAUAUUGCAGGCGAAAGGGUGAACUACUUUUGGUGUAUGACUACAUGCCUAAUGGUAGUUUGGAUAAGUACCUCUACAACCAACCGAAUGUGACUCUUAACUGGAGUCAGAGGUUUAGAGUCAUCAAAGGUGUGGCUUCAGGGUUGUUCUAUCUUCAUGAAGAAUGGGAACAUGUAGUGAUUCACAGAGAUGUGAAGGCCAGUAAUGUGCUACUAGACAAGGAUUUCAAUGGAAGAUUAGGAGAUUUUGGACUUGCAAGAUUAUGUGACCGUGGAAUAGACCCUCAAACUACUCAUGUAGCUGGCACACUUGGGUAUAUAGCCCCAGAGCAUGCAAGAACCGGCCGUGCCACCGCGAGCACAGAUGUGUUUUCUUUCGGGGCAUUUUUGCUCGAAGUUACCUGUGGAAGAAGGCCAAUAGAGAGACAAGGACCAAAGGACGAUAUCGUUUUGGUUGAUCGGGUUUUUGUGUGUUGGAAUAGAGGUAAUAUUCUAGAGGCAAGAGAUCAAAAAUUGAGUAACGAUUUUGUAGUUGGGGAAGUGGAAUUGGUGUUGAAGCUUGCAUUAUUGUGCUCUUGUUCGGAGCCUGCAGCCAGGCCAAGCAUGCGACAAGUGAUGCAGUAUUUGGAGGGUGAUAUUGCUCUCCCGGAGUUGUCACUCCUUCGGCUCUCUCCGAGUGGUUUAGUAUUUGUGCAUGAUGAAGGUCCUGAUGAUGUUCAAAUGGUGUAUCAGUGUUCAUAUGUUCCCGAGUCGACUCUCCUCUCAGGUGGUCGCUGAAUCCAAAUCAAGUAUAUUAACAUUCACAACCGAACAUAACUCGGGCUUUUUGCUUGUGCACCUUUGAAUCAUUGAAUGUAUGUACUGUUCAAUUUUCAUAUUUGUUUUUUGGAAAGUACUGAUGAGCGUGCACCACUCAAACACGUUAUUUUAAUGGUUUUGUACAAAAGCAACCUAUGUCCAGUUCCUAUAAAACCUGUCAUUAAAAUAUAGGGCUAAAAGGAGCGAAAUCUUUUGUCUUGGUCGAAAUUUGACUAUAUUUUGUAUUAUUUAUCUGAU